AUGUCUGCACCUGCACUGUCUGCGCCUGCACUGUCUGUGCCUGCACUGGGGUCUCCACCUGUGCUCUCUGCACCUGCACUGUCUGUGCUGCGCUGUCUGCGCCUGCGUUGUCUGUGCCUGCAUUGUCUGCGCCUGCAAUGUCUGCACCUGCACUGUCUGUGCCUGCACUGUCUGUGCCUGCGCUGUCUGUGCCUGCGCUGUCUGCGCCUGCACUGUCUGCGCCUGCGCUGUCUGUACCUGCACUGUCUGCACCUGCACUGUCUGCGCCUGCGCUGUCUGCACCUGCACUGUCUGUGCCUGCAUUGUCUGUGCCUGCGCUGUCUGUACCUGCACUGUCUGCGCCUGCGCUGUCUGCACCUGCACUGUCUGUGCCUGCAUUGUCUGUGCCUGCACUGUCUGCGCCUGCACUGUCUGCGCCUGCAUUGUCUGUGCCUGCACUGUCUGCACCUGCACUGUCUGUGCCUGCAAUGUCUGCACCUGCACUGUCUGUGCCUGCACUGGGGUCUCCACCUGUGCUCUCUGCACCUGCACUGUCUGUGCCUGCACUGUCUGCGCCUGCACUGUCUGCACCUGCACUGUCUGUGCCUGCACUGGGGUCUCCACCUACGCUGUCUGCACCUGCAUUGUCUGCACCUGCACUGUCUGCACCUGCGCUGUCUGCACCUACACUGUCUGCACCUGCACUGUCUCCAUCUACACUGUCGCUGCCUGCACUGUCUCCUGCACUGGGGCCUCCACCUGCAACUGUCUCCAUCUGUGUUGAGUCUGCACCUACCCUGA